AUGGCGACAACUGAGGUCGACUCACGCCUAAAAGAUUUCGAUCUUCAAGGUUUCCAUCAAAUCAUCGCUAUCUCCCAAGAUAAAAUCAAUGCCAAUCUCAGAGUUCGAUUUGAUCCCGAGCUACAACCCGAGCUUCUCUCUUUCAAACAUGAGAUUCCCAUGUUUGGACUCUCUGAGGCAACGCUCGACCCCCCGAACGUUGAGGUCUGCACUGAGAGUAACAUAGAGACCAAGCGCUCCAGGUUCUUCCUGAACUUCAAGACUGGCAGCUACAAGUACAAGACGAGCGUUGAGACAGGGGACGUCGAAACGCUUACCAUUGACGGCUGGAAAGUUCCAUUCUUCGUCGCUUAUGACGAACAGACACUGGCCAAACCCCCCGACAGUAGCCAUCCAGACUUGAAGUCAAAAUGGGCGAAGUUGGAACCCGGCAAGUACAGCCUGAGUCGCAUCAUCAUGUUUCUCGGCUCGGCACCUCUCUCUUCUAUUGACUGGGACCGUGCCUCCUGCCCUGGCCUUAGCAAGGACAAUGAUCCCUAUGGCAUGAAGUUGGUGUGCUUUAAGAUGUUCUUGGGAGCAUAUUUGUCCACACUACAGAAGGACCCAGAUGCUCUCACCCUUGGCUACACGAUCAAAGAGGCGGCCCCUGACCCUACGGACAAGGCUCCGACGUUCCCUCCAACCGCUGUCAAAAUUCAGAAUUACCGUUAUCAACCUUGUUCCGACACGCAACAAGCCAUCAACGGGAUAACCGUCCCUCCGAACUCCCGUGACGCCUUCGUGUUCAUGGAGAUGACCGGGGGCGCUGACAUGCCCCACGAUGAACUGCAAAGGAAGGGCAAUCUCAUCAUCGGCAACAUGUCGGGUGCACUCGUUUUCAGCAAAGAACUUUUUUUCAACAAGUAUCUAGUGGAAAAUGCUCUCAGCACCGUCAAUGUCUCCUUUCUCGACAUGGCGAAUGAUCUCAUGAAGUGGGUCGACGGAGGAAACUGGGAUUCGGACUGGCUACUCACCAACGGGUCAAGAGAGGAGGCACUUCCGGAUGUUAAGUGGACAAUCGACGAAUCAAAGGCCAAGCUGAGCUGGAAGGGCCAGAAGUCGUACAACGGGUUGAGCAUGCACCGUUCCACGGACAGUUCACUCGAGACAGAACUGACUACUCAACCACGGGCAAACAAGAUUAUCAUCACAUCAAAGAUGAAGCUUGGCUCCAGUAUGUCAGUACACUCCAUGGGAGGACACGGGGGCGCUGGCGGGUACUAUAAAGGAACAGACGGCGUAGUCAAUCUAACGAUUGAGUUCGUUAUUCUUGCGGACGAAGAUGGCACGCUUCAUGUGCAGCCGGAAGAGAAGAUUGACCUCGUUAGUGCGGACGACAGCAGGGACGCUAGCCUCAUCAACCUCAUCUUUGGUAAGGAAAAUCAUCAAGUCGGGGACUUCAUCAAGGGCAAGUUGCAUGAUGUUGUCCGGACGAAGCACAUCGGCGACGCGAUUGCUGCGGAUCUCAACGAGAAGAAGCAACUCGUGUUUCCGGGAUCGGGGACGUUCAGUUACAAGGAUCCUAAGUUUUCGGAUGCCGGUGAUUUGCUGAUUACGUUGGAUUUGGUUGGGAAGGAUAUUGAGAAGGACAAGACGUUGGUUCGUUAG